UAUUAUGUUAUUGCUAGCUAGAAACAAAUCAUAUUUACCCUUAAACACGUGAAAUCUUCUUUAAAUGGAACCCAACUAACAUUGGAUUCAAUUUUAUUAGGAACCUCUAAAGUUGGUUCCUUCCUCUUUUAACUUUUUGUUAAAAAUCUCCCCACCUUCCCAAAUACAAUUUUCCAUAAAAAAGAUAGCCAUAAUUUCCUCUCAUCCAACCAUUUUCAUCCUUAUAUAAUCAUCCAUCUCUUCUAAUUUUCUCUCUCCUAAAUCUUCUUCGAUUUUCCCCCAUCACCUUCUCCUCACAAACAAAUUUCCAUGCCCCUAGGAACGUGGGAAUUUACAAACAAAAAUCUCACAAUUGAGGAAAAAACCCAUAUAAGAAUUUCAAAAAGAAAACUUCAAAGAAGAAGAAAAUGGAGCAUAGACCAAUUGAUGUGAAGUUACUAUGUGCUAAAGAUUUAAAGGACGUAAAUGUCUUUUCCACAAUGGAUGUUUAUGUAGUGGGUUCAGUAUCAGGGGACCCACGUUCCAUGCAACGAACCGCUGUUGAUAAAGAUGGUGGGACCAACCCAAAAUGGAACCAUGACAUGAAAUUUACAUUUGAUGAGUCAGCCGCCCGGUUGAACCGGCUCGGUCUAGUUUUUCAAAUUAUGUCAGACCGGACUCUUGGAGAUAAAGAAAUAGGCCGGGUUUAUGUACCCCUCAAGGAGCUUUUUGAUGCUACUGAUCCUAUUGACCAAGAGAGACAUGUUGUGUACCAAGUUCAAACCCCAACAGGAAAAUUUAAAGGUGAAAUGGAGUUUUCUUUUAAAUUUGGAGAAAUAUUCACACUUAAAUUGGAGCCUAAAAUUGAUGAACCAGUUAUAGCCUAUCCUGCAUUGGGUUCAACUACUUUACCAGAAUUGGACCCCACUUUAGCAUGUGGUCCCACACUUAAAUCUGGGACUAAUAUGUAUUCAUGUCCAAAUGUAAGUGGGCCCAUGCAUUAUAGUCAUAGUGCACCACAACUCGGGUACCAGCCUCAAGGAUAUGGAUACGGAUAUGGGUAUCGAGCACAAAAUGUGCCUGUGCCUAUGCCCGUGCCGCCUCCCAAUCCUCAUAUGGGAUAUGGGUACGGGUUUACAGGCGGGUAUGGGUGCACGGGACAAACGCCACCAUGUUAUGUGCAACCACCAAUGUCAAAUAAACCGAAAAAGAGUAAAUUUGGGAUAGGGGCAGCGGCAGGGGUUGGAGCGGGGUUGUUAGGAGGGUUGUUGGUGGGGGAGAUGGUGGAAGAUGUAGCCGAAUCGGUAGCCUUUGAUGAUACAUUAGAUUUUUAGUUCUUUUAUUGUUCAAAUGAGAUUAAAAUAUAGUGGAGACGGAAAACUAAUGUUGAAUGAUAUUUUUAUGGCUCAUACGCGAUAAACUUUGAUUGUAAAUUUAUAAAUGAUUGAGUGUCUUCCAACUCGCUAUAUUACAAGCAAAAUUAUGAAAAUCAU